GCAACAAUGGCUGAUUCGGUUCCUGCCUGUGCUCUUCUGUGCUUGGAAAGCGACCAGUGCCAAUCCUUCAGCGUAAGCAAAGACUUGCCCAGCGCUUGCUAUCUGAACACAUACCUGCUGGACAAUGCUGGCUGUGUUGAUGUGCAAAGGAACCACUACAAUGUGAAAACGGAUUCACCAUGCCUAAACGGCGGCACCUACAACUCCACCACUUCGACAUGUCGCUGCUACCAUGGCUUUAUUGGACAUUAUUGUGAAAGACUCAUGUAUGACUGUACAGAGGGCUCUCAAUCUCCUCAUUACACUGACCAGAAAGGCCUUUUCUACAUCCUUCCCCCAACCGCCUCCUCGCCAUUCAAGGUCAUGUGUAACAUGAAAUAUGGCGGUAAGGUGUACCUGAUGAGGAAAGACGCAACGUACCCUUAUGUGGAUUUCAACCGGACUUGGGAGGAAUACAGAGACGGAUUCGGAGAUCUUACACUAGAUGGGAACUUUUGGCUGGGGAACGAGAAGAUCUUCCUCAUCUCGACCUACCGGGACAUGAAGCUGAACAUCCAGAUGUACCAUAACAGUGACUUCUAUCAACACUUUUAUAAACAAUUUAAGGUGCUAAAUGAGUCAAGCGGUUAUAAGGCGUCGUACAUUCACCAUUUCGGUAAUAGCAAACACAAUUUCACCCAUUAUCUCGACAACUGCAUGAAAGAUCAGAAUGAGAUGCUAUUCACCUCUAUCGACCGCGACAACGACCUCAAAAAUGGCGAGAACUGCGCGCAAAUACGUCUGUCUGGAUGGUGGUACAACGAAUGCGGCGGUUGUAACCCGACAGGGAAACUACAGAACAGGUCUGAUAUUUACCAGGACUCAGAUCCGAUCUACAUGUCUGUUCCCGUCCCAGGCAAUUGGACCCCUACACUUAUGGAGUUAAGUCUUAAAUGAAUUAACAUUCCAUAAAUCUGAAGAGUGAAUGAAAAACGCUUUCUAAUAUAAUGAUGAUAAUAAUAAUAAUAAUAAUAGUCCACUUUAUU